AGUGAGACAGACGGGAACCCAGCCCCAGCGACGUUGUAACAACAAUGAAGAUAAGUGGAAAUGUGAACAAAAGCCAUUUUACAACACCUGCAAUUCAUGACAUGAAUAUCAGGUCGCUAGAGCCACGGUGUUCCGAGCAUCUUCCUUUUGUUUUCUAUCAUCCACGAAACGAACAGGAAGAAACUAAAAGUUGUGCCUCAAUUCAGUUGUAAAUGCAUCACACACUGUGAGCACAGAAUGAAGAAGGCAAGCAGGUCCGCUCCUGCAGCAUCCAAACUCCAGGGUACUUGUAAAAUGCAGACCAUUGAGAAAACUAAAUCGGAUAACUGCUCUUCAGUAACCACAGUUACAAAGGCUUCGAAAGCAGGUUCAACAGCCGCAUUAACUAAGAGCAAGAGCAGGAGCAAUGAUGAUCUGUUGGCUGGAGCACCCAGUGGACUGACUUUGACCACCUCUACCAAAGUUAAGAAGAACCUCUGCCCAUCCUCAUCAAUUGGGUCAAAUUCUGCAGCAUCAGGAUCAACCAUAAGCAGCAACCCUGAUGGCAAAGCAAAGAAUCCUGCAGGUGUGAGUGCCACAGCAAAACGGAGUGCAACUUCAGGAAAUAAAGAAAUCAGUUGGAACAGAGAUAAAAUCCGUGAUCGGACACGACAGAGCAUAAGCAAAAAAUUCUCAUCUGCCGGCCAGGGAGGUAAUGAUGUUGCUAAACGCUCACGCAGCCGGAUGUCAACAGAGUCUGAAACCCGAAUGAGUAAGUCCAGAUCUGAUGGCCAGAUCAGUGAUAAAACUGCUCUCGAAGCAAAGGUUAAAGAUCUUCUCACUUUAGCUAAAAAUAAGGAUGUGGAGAUCCUGCAUCUUAGAAACGAACUCAGAGACAUGCGUGCCCAGCUGGGACUGAGCAAUGAAUUCUUGGAAGAAGGGGGAAAGGAGGAAAUUGAAGUAAAAGAAGAUACCGUACCCCUUCAGCCUAGAGAUGUGGAAUCAAGCCUCCUCCAGUUGGAAGAACAGAAUAGUACAAUCCGGGAUGAGCUAAAUCAGCUAAAAAAUGAGAACCGAAUGUUAAAAGAUCGAUUAAAUGCUCUUGGCUUCUCUUUGGAGCAAAAAUUAGAUUGUGCGGAGAAAUUAUUUGGCUUACAAUCCUCAAGUCCUGAUGUAGCUACUGGUAAUCAGAGUGAUGGUGGUACCUUAACUUCUUCAGUGGAGGGAUCAGCACCUGGUUCUAUGGAAGAUCUGUUGAGCCAAGAGGAGAACACAUUAACUGAUAACCGCAGCAAUUCUCUGGACAACCUGGACAGUGAGUCCAGUGAGGUCUACCAACCACUUACUUCCAGCGAUGAUGCAUUAGAUGCACCAUCAUCAUCAUCUGAGUCUGAGGGUGCACCAAGUAGGGAGCGCUCAAGGAAAGGGAGUAGUGGAAAUGUAAGUGAGGUGUCGGUGGCCUGUUUAACAGAGCGCAUUCACCAGAUGGAAGAAAAUCAACACAGCACAGCAGAGGAGCUCCAAGCUACACUUCAGGAACUGGCAGAUCUUCAGCAGAUAACACAAGAGUUGAAUUCUGAAAAUGAAAGGUUAGGAGAGGAAAAGGUCAUUCUAAUGGAUUCCUUGUGUCAACAAAGUGAUAAAUUAGAACACUUCAGUCGACAGAGUGAGUAUUUUUGUUCUUUGCUAGAUGAACACCACAUUUCCUACGUUUUAGAUGAAGAUGUAAAAAGUGGUCGCUACAUGGAGUUAGAACAAAGAUACAUGGACCUUGCUGAAAAUGCACGUUUUGAACGUGAGCAACUUCUUGGAGUGCAGCAGCAUUUAAGCAACACCCUGAAAAUGGCUGAGCAAGACAAUAAAGAUGCUCAAGAAUUGAUUGGAGCUCUCAAAGAACGUAACCAUCAAAUGGAGCGAGUAAUGGAGUCAGAGCAAAAAGCCAAAACAGCCCUUGCUGGAGCGUUGGAAGAAUAUAAAGCAACUAUUGCAAAUGAUCAGAUUGAACUGAACAGAUUCAAGGCUCUGUUAGAGCAUGAGAAACAGAAGGUUGCAGAUUUGUAUGCUUUUCACAAUGCAGGCGACAAGUCAGAUUUACAAGAACUCUUGGAGACUACACGAUUGGACAAAGAGAAAAUUGAGGCCUUAUAUAAUAACCUGCAGGAAGAACUGGCCCACACUCGCAAUGAUGCAAACCAACUACAGGAUACUCUCGCUAAGGUUGAAGACGAAUACAGAAUUUUCCAGGAAGAAGCCAAAAAACAGAUAGAUGACCUUAAUCUGAAUGUGGAGAAACAACGAGCUGAACUGGAAGAGAAGGAAACAGAGAUAAAUGACAUGAAAGAGACCAUUUUUGAACUAGAGGAUGAAGUGGAGCAGCAUCGAACAGUCAAACUCCAUGACAAUCUCAUCAUCUCAGACUUGGAGAAUUCAGUGAAAAAACUUCAAGACCAGAAACACGAUAUGGACAGGGAGACCAAGAUCCUAAACAGGAGGCUCAGAGAGGAGUCGGCUGAGUGGCGACAGUUUCAGGCAGACCUCCAGACUGCAGUUGUCAUCGCAAAUGAUAUUAAGUCGGAAGCACAAGAGGAAAUCAGUGACCUGAGACGCAGACUUCAGGAAUCAAUGGAAAAAACUGAAAAGCUCACGAAGGAACUAGAGGAAGUGAAGGCACGCAAGUACGUGGGAUGUUGUGAUGUGAUUUGGCAGGAUGAAGAGCGGGGACGUAUGUACAAUUACAUGAAUGCUGUAGAGCGUGACCUGGCAGCUUUAAGACAAGGAAUGGGUCUGAGUCGCAGAUCAUCUACCUCUUCUGAACCAUCACCAACUGUCAAAACGCUAAUUAAAUCCUUUGACAGUGCUUCCCAAGUUGUGCCUAAUACUACCACGGCUACCAUUCCACGAAGCCCUCUCAGCCCAAGCCCUCUGAAGACACCACCAGCAGCUGCUGUGUCACCAAUGCAGAGACAUUCCAUUAGUGGGCCGAUAUCAACACCAAAGACUCUGUCAGCGCUAACAGACAAGAGGCCAAGCUACACUGAAAUUUCUGUUCCAGCAGAUCACUUACUGAGAUCUUCCUCUGCAAACCGAUCUCCAGCGUCUUUACAACGGGUUCAGACCAUUGACUCUGCAAAGUCCAUGUCAGUGUCCCGAAGAAGCAGUGAGGAGAUAAAGCGUGAUCUGACAGUCACAGAUGGCUCCUCUCCAGCAUUAAUGGGAAUGGGAACCACAUCUCCACAGCUGUCUUUGACUUCUUCAUCCCCUACAGCCUCAGUCACUCCAACUGCACGGAGCCGGCUCAGGGAAGAGCGGAAAGAUCCAUUGUCAGCGCUGGCUCGUGAGUAUGGUGGCUCCAAGAGGAAUGCACUGCUGAAAUGGUGUCAAAAGAAAACAGAAGGUUAUCAGAAUAUUGAUAUCACAAACUUUAGCAGUAGUUGGAACGAUGGUCUUGCAUUCUGUGCUGUGCUUCACACAUAUCUUCCAGCACACAUCCCAUACCAGGAGCUGAACAGUCAGGACAAGCGAAGAAAUUUUUCCCUUGCAUUCCAGGCAGCAGAAAGCGUUGGUAUCAAGUCGACACUGGAGGAAGUGGAGGAGGAGCUAGGUGUAUGUUCAAGGACAUCAAUGAGAUGGUGAGCACGGAGCGACCAGACUGGCAGAGCCUGAUGCAGUAUGUAACUGCUAUAUACAAGUACUUUGAAACUUGACAUCUUCCUGCUCCACCCAUUCUGGAAUGCGUUUGCAGGGUAACUGCUGAUUUUGGGAGGACAUUCCAAUGCUGUACUUCACAUUAGAACCCUGUGCUGAAACACUCUGCCUCACUCAAGCGACUCAUGGGCCCAAGAGUAGUAUCACUUUGCAAAAGAACAUCCUCCUGUUUGAAUAAUCUAUCCGUCCAGUAAAGAAGUGUGCACCUGAGUGAUCUAAAUGCUGUUCAAGCUCCACUUGUAACUGCUAUUGCUAUAUUUCUGCAAUGAUAAACUGCUCAAUGACAAUUGUGGGAAAGUGAAGCAUCAGUCCAAAUUGAUCUUCAACAACUUAGUCCAAUGCUUUGAGAGGAAAUACAAAGCAUUUUUGAGAAAGUAAAAUACCAUUUUUAGAACACUCACCCUAGUACAGUACACACACAUUAGCUAUAUGGGAGGAUCUACGUUGGCACUCUUUAGAAACAGCCCAUUGUAAAGUCUCCACAAAAUGAUGGCUGUGGAAUUGUCAAAAUAAACCACUUGAACAAGGACUGUGAAACUAAGUAAGCAAUACUCAUCACACUAAUAUUUAACCCUGAGAUCAACUCCCUGGCAUAGCCCAUUAGUUUUCUUCAAAUCAAUGCUCAUCCGUUUAUAGAAAGAUUUGUCUGAAGGAGCAAGUGGUAUAUCAUGAGGUGGAGAAUUUUUCUUUCCCAGGGAACUUGAUAUUGAAUCUAACCAGACGAAUAUAAUAGUCUUCUGUGUCAAAAAUAAGUGUCCUUAUAAUUGCCCUGUUUAGAUAUUUACCACUUACAGACAUUACUCAGUUUUUCUUUCUAUUCUUUUGAGUUUUCAGUUUUUUUUAAAGAUAAUAUUAAUCUCAUGAUCUACCUGUAGCCUUUGGAAAUCUACUGGAGUACACAAUAUACCUAAGAUCCAGUUAAGGAUUAACAUUAAUAGAAGACCAACGUGCUUCUGUUGAGCCAUUACCUCUUAACACAGUUUCCUAACAAUGCAUCAGUUUCUACAGGUACUCUAAAGCAGUCCUUCGCUGUGAUCCAUCACUUCAGUUUAAGAUACAAUGUGUAAAGAAACCAAGUUGCAUCUUUAUGCUGCUUUGAUUUUAAACUGUUAAAAUUUAAUUCUCUUCAAACUGUCACAAUUAGUUCCUGUUGAGCACAAUUCAAAAGCACAAACUAUCUAUAACUCAUUCAUAUGAUGCCUGUUGUGUGAAGAGGGAACAGUGUUCUUUAUGUAUGAAAAGGCUUGGAUCAGAUAUGAUUCAGACUCCUGGGGCAGUUUAAAGAAAGAUUUGCACUAUGUGUAAUCAGUGUUGGGAAUGUUUGUUGGGACAGGGUGCAGGGAACAUUAUCUAACCUAUGCUGUACCUUUCCUGGAAGUGUUUGAUGAGACACAAUAACUCAGUAGGCCUCGAUUGUCUUUCUGUAACAUGUUCUACAAAAGGCAGGAAUUAAUCAGGGGAUCAGAGGAUAUAAUGCAUAGGAGAGUUAAAUUUUAACUAAAUUUAAUUCUUAUCUGCUCCUCUCCGUUUGAGUACUGCUUUGUUAAUUGCAAUACUGUUAGUUCUGGUGAUGCUAAUUUAGUGUCAGUGCUAAACACAUACUACAAGUCCAUCAAUAUUUAAAAAGGGGAAUUGCUUCUGUUACUCACUUUCCAUGCUGAUGAAGGUGAUUCAAAGAAAAUAACCCCUUUCACCUCAGAUACUACUUAGUUUUCAGCAUUUCUUCAUUCAUUCUCUGGGCGUGAAUUAUUCUAUAAAUAAACUGUCAAAUAGCUUUGCAUAAAUGUCAAAGAUCCAUCAAGAUGUGUGAUCUUGAUAAGCCUUUGCCAGAUUUCAGCCCAUAACUGAUGGCUGUCCAUCAUUCAUUGUUCUCACUUUAUCUCAAUAGUGAAUGUUAAUUUAACUCCCUUGCACCAUCAUGUUCAGUCACUCUUUUUAAUGAUUUUCGUCUUUUCAGCACUUGCUGUGAACAGGAUAUUAGAAAAGUUACAGAACAGAAGGAGGUCUUUCAGCUCAUCAAGUCUACAAAUGAAAGCCCCCAACCCCUGCAAUAUUUUUCUUCCAGGUGCUUAUCCAAUUCUCCUUUGCAAGUUAUGGUUCAAUCUGCCUCCACUAUUCUGGAUUCUAACCACUCACUGGACAAAAUCAAAUAUUUUUCCUCAUGUCUCCAUUAGAUUUUUUUUCCCAUGAGGCUUAAAUCCUCCCUCCUGUUGCAAAUGGGAAGAAUCAGUUCUGUCGAGACCCCACAUGAUUUUGAACCCUCUAUCAAAUUUCCUCGUAAACUUUUCCUCUCCAAGCAGAUGCCUUAAUUUCUGCAAUCUCAACAUUUAGCUGGGUUCCUCAUCUCUAAAAGCAUUUAAUUCAUAUUUUACAAAUUUAAAUGGGAAACUAGUCACUAAAUAUGUUUAGAAGUAUUGAGCAGGCCAAUUUAUUUUAAAUUCAUCAUUGGCUCUCACUGCUGCCUGAUCUCUCCAGUUACAGAGACUACCCCUUACAUUAACUAGCUGGCUUCCAAUUGCAUGUGUGACUUCUCUUCAGAUGAGCUUGAUGGUGGUUAUUACAUUUUAUCACAGUGUUUUUGUGCUGAGUGUACAUUACCGGUUCCUGCAGUUUGUGUGGGCAAGUUCAUUGGUUGAUCUUUGCACUUAGUAUUGGUCAGAAUUCCAUAUUACAUUAAGUCGCCUUACCCUAUUGCACAGCACCUACACUAACGACUUAUUCUUUUCAUUAGUUUGCUUACACCUGUGAUGUGGUCUGAAACCACAUUCAUAGCUGUGUGUCUACCCUUUUAUUAUGUGUAAGUUUUCUAUUCCAUGUAGCUGCUCUUGAUUGAAAUCCUUAGCCUGUAGUUUCUGAUUGACACAGGUUCUAUUUUAUCAAAUGUGUAAUGAAGGCACUCUUUAUUUAUUCAUAGCUUUGAAUGUUACUUGUAUUAUUUGCAUGGUAUCAGCAGUGUGUUCCUUAUUUGGCACACCAUGUUUAGUAUAAAAUCAUGUAUUUUUUCUAUUACUAUUUAUGUUAAUGUCAUCAGUGGCAUGUGGUAGUAUCCAGUACCAAUGCACCUAGUGACACAGGCUGUUUUCUGGGCUCCGGCUGCACAAACCCUAAUUAUCUCUGGCAAGCAUCAACUUAAGAGGCCAGAGUACUGUACAGUUUGUGUGUGCUCAUUAAGUAAAUAAAAUAUUGUUUAGUUUUUAAUAUUGAGUUUGGUGCAAAGAUUGCAUCCAGUUCAGAACAAGAAAUCGAGCCAGCUCCCCUCACUCUCCAGUCCCAGUCCUGGUCUAAGUUAUGCACAAUGUCAUUAACCAUCCCUUUCACUGAGUAUUUCAUCUUAUUCAAAUAAAUUGAGGAUCACAGCUGGUUUCUUGUAGCAGCCUAAGAAUAGAUGUCAACUCAGAAGCAGUGCAUACAACUCUGCCAGCAUGAUAUUUUAACCUGGAUAAAUUACCAACUCUAUCAGAAUCAUGUUCCGGUCAGUUCCUGGGGCAAUAUGACACUACAGAACUUAAUUUUCUUUCUCGCUAGUUUGUUUCUUCUGUUUGACUUUGGUCAGAAUAAAGCUCACAUUUGUAACGGAGGCUGUAUGAAGCCCUUUACCUUGUUAUGGAGUCAAAAUCAUUUAGCACAGAAACAGAUCUUUCAGUCCAACCAAUCCAUGAAAAACAUAAUUCCAAACUAAACUAGUCCCAUGUGCCUCCAAACCUUACCUGUUCAUGAAGUUUUCUAAAUGUUAUAAUUGUACUCACAUCUGCCACUUCCUCAGGAAAGUUAUUCCACAUGCGAACCACUGUCUGUGUUUAAAAAAAAAACUCUCACCUUAAAAAUGUAUCCUCUACUCUUGAAAUUCCGCAUCUUAGGAAAAAGACAACUACCAUUUACUCUAUCUCUGCCUGUCAUUAUUUUAUAAAUUUCUAUGAGGUCGUCUCUUAACCUGCUAUGCUCUGAUGAAAAAAAGUCCCAAGCUUUCCUUUCUCUAUAACUCAAACCUUCCAUGCCUGUCAACAUUCUGGUAAAUCUCUUCUGAACCCUCUCCAGCUUAAUCAUAUUCCUCCAUAACUGGGUGUUCUCUAAUCAUUGUCAUAUACAAUUACAGCAGCACUAUUUUCAUGUUACUUAACGUGUCAGCACUUUGUUUUCUAUAAGCUCAUCUUUUUUCAAUAAGUUUCAGAUUAAGUGAUGGAUAGAAGCACUCCAGCUUUGUAAAACCACGUACUUACUCAGCUUUGGCCAUUGGUUCUCAUAACAGUUGGCAACAGCAGAGAUAUGGGCCACGUUUACCAAAGCUAUUAAUUUGCAACACUGCAUCUAUCCUUCUCAUUGCCUGUAUAUCUGCAUCUGUUCUCACUCUCACUUCCUCUCAUUAUCUCCCUCUACCUAGUGUGAGACUGACUUGAAUAAUAGCCAAACAUUCAAGAUUUUACCAAUUCUUAGGGCAUGUUGCAUUAUUCAAUGUAGUUCUAAAGUGUCUAAACUUUGGCUCCGCUUGCUUCUUUUGUAGCAACAUCUCAUUUGCUAAUUCACUGACCGCAUGCUACUAAGGACUGUAACUUCCUUUGUGUCUCUUCUUCAAGCAAACCUUCUCCAAAUGAUUAGCCACCCUCCCCUUUGGCAUGAGGUCUGCCUACACAGCAAUUCCUGUGUUUGACCUUACAAUAACUGACAUUGACUGUUCUGGAACUGAAUGCAGUGUAUGUGGUAGGUUGCAUCAGCUCCUGUCUCAGUAAACAUCAGUUUUGGUUAUUUUCUAUAAAGAUGCCAGAUGUUCUCUAGUAAUAACACACUGUGGAGCUGGAGAAACCCAGCAGGCCAGGCAUCCUAAGAGGAGGAGGAAAGCUGAUGUUUCGGGUUGGACCCAUCUUCAGAAAUGUUCAGUUUUCCUGCUCCUCUGAUGCUGCCUGGCCUGCUGUGUUAUCUCUGACUCCAGCAUCUGCAGUUUGCCCUCUCUGUGAGAUGUUCUGUAGUGAUUGCUGCCUCAGGUGAUGAAUGUAAUUGUCUGUAAAACUGUGUUUUCCCACUAUUAUACCCUGUACUCUUCAACCAUAUGCAGACUUCAAGCUGCAAAUCAUACAGUCCCAGCAAGAUGAAUAUAUAUGUUUUGGAAAAUGAAAUUUAUCUGGUUACUAUAGCACAAUCACUAGUCUAGCAAUUUUCUGUUUCCCAGCCCUUUUGUAAGCAGAACGAGCAUGAAACACUUCCUUUCCUGAGAGUUUCACUCUGAAUGUAAGGAGGAAACAGUAGUUUUGACAGUGGAAGAGGUUCUGGGAAUCUCUUUCACACAGCCUGUAACUGAGAUGCUACCUAACACUUCACUGUUCAAUUCUGCUACGUAUUUUCUUCAUUAAGUUUUAAUUUGAGUUUUUCAGUCCUCUGUUUUUCCCUCAGUCCCUGGAAUAUGGAGUGUUCAUGCUAAUGAAUCGUUCUCAUCACUCGUUAUUGAAGAUAUCAGAUAAAGCAGUUUGUGCAAGCCUGUAUUCAGUGAGACAAACACUAUUGAAAUGUUUGAUCUGUUUGUUAGAGAAUGUAUUUAUAAUCUUGCAUAUCUUGACUUCAUAUGUUCUGCAAAUAUUCAAUUAGUUUUUUAUGUAAACACUAAACAGCCAAUAUAAAAUGGAUUAAGUAUUGCUGUGUGUUAUUUACAUCUGCAUUAUACAUUUAAUCUUCUUGUCUCAGAUAUUUAGCUGCUGCCAGUUACUCCCUGUUAUUUAAACAAUUUUUUUUGUUCCCAUAUGAAUAUUUUAACUCUGCUGUAUGAUAGUUGAGAACCAUAUGAUACAUCUCCAUUUCAGAUUUUAUAUUUGAUGCUGUCAUUGAGGGUGAUUUUUUUUUGAAAGAAGAAAUCCAAAGUCCCUGUUAUUUACUGGAAAAAAAAACAAAGCUACACAUUCUAUAGUUUAAGCAAAAUGAAUGUUUUGUAUGCACGAGUCAAGCAAAACAGAUACUAAAUUAGACAUUUACUCAUAAAACUGAAAA